AUGUUGCGGUGCGCUCCAUAUUACUAUGCGGAUAUGAAACCUGGCCGCUCCGCGCCGAGGGCGUCAAAAGACUUUCAGUGCUUGACCAUCGAUGUCUUCGGAGCAAUGCCUGAGUCUGGAGGGAACACCAGAUCAAGAAUGCUGAAUUACAUCCAACGUAUUGCUGGUCUCACCUCACCAGACCUGAUCAAUGCUUCAAAGACACCAGUGGUCAAGCUGACAACUUUCGUGUGCCCUCUGCGCGUAGAAGCCACGUUUCUGAUCCGUAAUGCUGCAUGGAUCACACUGCCUUGCUAUAUGCCUUCAACACGACCGCUAAAAGAACCCGGUGGAUCUGAACGGAACAUCAACGCUAGAGAGCCGCCCAAAACAAAAAUAGCCUGUCGCGUUUUCCUAAUUAAAUUGCGGAUUGGCACUCCAAGGGAAUUUGAAGACAAGGGUAUCGAAGAAUCCAGUGCAUUUUUUGGGAUGAAACCACAGUCCACUGAUCUGCAAACAAAAAGGGUCCUAAAGUAUGUAACCGAUUUGGCUCAGGACGUGAAAAAGAUUGAGAAGUUCAUCUCGUUGCUCAUGCGCCACAUGAAUGGAAGGGAAUGGUCGAUAACAAAGAGGGGAAAGAAACUAGAAUCGGUAGUCCCAACUGAGAAACAACAAAGUGAUAAGUUCAAAGGCUUCUGGCGAAUCGCUGUGUAG